AUGCUGGGCAACCUGUUAGAUUUGAACGCCAAUGACAUACUGAAGUCAUUCAAGAAGCUGAGAGACCAAUACGGGCCCGUAUUUACAGUUCAUUUGGGCCCGCGACGCGUGGUGAUCCUGUAUGGCUACAAGGCUAUCAAAGAAGCUCUGGUGGACCAUGCUGAGGAGUUCAGUGGGAGAGGAAAUUUGGCCACCGUGGAUGACUUCGUUCAGGGUUUGGGGAUUGCAUUUGCCAAUGGGGAACGUUGGAAACAGCUCCGUCAGUUCACACUCAGCACCCUGAGGAAUUUCGGGAUGGGAAAACGGCCCAUUGAAGAACGGAUCCAAGAAGAGGCCCAGUUCCUGCUGGAGGAGUUCAGGAAAACAAAUGGUUCGCCCUUUGACCCCACAUUCCUCCUGAGCUGUACAGUCUCCAAUGUCAUCUGCUCCAUUGUCUUUGGCCAGCGCUUCAACUAUGAAGACAAAGACUUCCUCUCCUUGCUGGACAAGAUAAACAAGAACUUUGCAGGGAUGAGCGCCACUUCAGGUCAGCUGUAUGAAAUGUUUCCAUCAGUCAUGCAGUACCUGCCAGGCCCCCACAAGAAACUGUUCCAUAAUCUACAGGAAAUCUAUGAUUUUGUGGCCGAAAGGAUCAAAAUCAACAAGGCUUCCCUUGAUCCUGACAAUCCCCGUGACUAUAUUGACUGCUUUCUUAUCCAGAUGGAAAAGGAGAGCAAAAAUCCUUCCAGUGAGUUUCACCUCCAAACCAUGAUCAUGUCUGUUCUCAAUCUAUUUGUUGCUGGGACUGAGACGGUGAGCUCCACACUCCGGUUCGGAUUCUUGAUUCUGAUGAAAUACCCAGAGAUACAAGCAAAAGUGGUCCAAGAGAUCGAUGAUGUGAUCGGGAGAAACCGCCAGCCAAAGGUGGAGGAUCGGGCCCGGAUGCCGUACACAGAUGCUGUGAUCCAUGAGAUCCAGAGAUUUGGCGACGUGAUCCCCAUGAACCUCCCUCAUGCCAUGACACGAACAACACAAUUCCGGGGUUAUACUUUGCCCAAGGGACUGAACAUCAUCCCUUUGCUGACCUCUGUUCUGAAAGACCCCGACUGCUUCAGUGAUCCUGAAAAGUUCAACCCAGGCCACUUCUUGGAUGAGCAAGGGCUCUUUAAGAAGAACGAGGCCUUCAUGCCCUUCUCUAUAGGGAAAAGAAUUUGUGCUGGUGAAGGCUUGGCUCGCAUGGAGCUCUUCCUCUAUCUGACUUCCAUCCUGCAAAACUUCACACUGAAGUCGCCCAUGGCGCCCGAGGACCUUGACCUUAUGCCAGCAGUGAGCAGUUUCGCCAACGUCCCACCCAAGUACCAGCUCUGUGCCAUCCCACGCUGAGAAAGGACUGGCCAAGAAAUGGGGUAGAAAGGAAAAGGCUGGCAUGACUAAUCAAUGGCCGGGUAUCGGAGAGAGUCUGGUGAGCUGGGUACAAUGGUAAAGCGGACAAAUGGCAGAGCUUGGAACUCUAGGUCUGAAAACUGAUUUGACAAUAUUAGACAUUAAAAAUCAUACCAUUGAUUCACUGUCACAAAACCCUUAACAUAUAAAGUGAUUUAAUUUGUUAGAUUAUUGCUAAUUAAGACUUAAUUAAAACAUUAAUGUAGGGACACACACAGAGAGAGGGGGGGCUUGCAGGGAAUGGAAUAUUUAUUCCAUGGUAUGGACUCCAACAAAAGAGCUCUCUCUGUCCUUUUAAAGUUGCCUUUUUCCAACACAUAAUUUCUCCCCAUGGACUACAAAGCCCAUGGAUGUUGCCUGCGAACGGUGGGAGACCAACAUGACUGGGAACUGUCUGGUUGGGAAUAGGGAGAGAAGAACAGGCAGGAACAGUACCCUAAAGGUGCCAGAUCCUGCCUGAUCUUGGAAGCUCAACCCUGGUUAGUACUUGGAUGGGAAACCGCCAAUGUAUAGCAGGUGCUGUUGGCUAUAUUUCAGAGGAAGGAACUGGCAAAACCUAUUCCUUGCCAAAGAAAAUCCUAUGAAAUUCAUGAGGUUGCCAUAAGUCAACCAGUGACUUGAAGGCAUGCGCACAGAGAGAGAGAGAGAGCUCCAUCGUGCAGCAGAUGAAAGUUCUUCCAUCCAUCCCAGUUUGCCAUUGCUGUGGGCUCAGAGGGGAGAAGAGAUCAAUCAUACCAAGGUCCAGCCGUUGGUGAGAGGCCCUCCUUCUCUCCCAAGUGGCACUAUUGUACCCAGGAAGGGUAAGAACAGCAGCCAACAACACCUGCUGGACCCAAUCCCCUCCCUGACCGCCAUUUUCUUUUCCUUGUGUGUCCUGUCCUAUUUAGAUUGUAAGCCUGAGGGCAGGAUAAUGUCAAAUUAGAGAUUCGGAAGUCACCUCUGGAAGCCUUCUUGGCUCAAGGUGAGGUACAAAUAAUCUAAAUAAAGAAAUAAACCCCUUCAAGUCUGUCGGUUGCUCAACUGCAUCUC